AGGAAGGGCACUCCGUAUAGAGUCCAGUGACCUUGGCCACGUUGUUUUCUUUCUCUGUGAGGAGAGGGAGGGGGAAAGAGGGUGUCCGGGCAAGUGGGGGAAUCUCGGAGGCUAGAUGUGGGCUCCCGGGGUUGGAGGGGAUGUCUAGAGCCGGCUGCUCGGGAAGAGCCAGUGGCCAGCGGGGCCCGAUGCUCGGAGACGGCUGGUUCCCAGAGGGGUGGACGCCUGGCCGGCCCGCACUUAAGUCCUCAACCAGCGGAGAGACGGACGUUCUGGGCCAAGGUCGCCGGGCACGACGAGGGAGUGAGUGCCUCCAGCGGCCGCCUGACACUUCCCGGGCCCGCGGGGAGCGGCCGCCACCCGGGUAGGAGCAACGAGAGCAGAACUAGCGACGGUCUGCCAGAAUUACUCAUCAUCGAGGGGACAUCCAAACCGUGACUUAUGCCAGUGCCACCGCCCCCACCGCCACCUUUGCCCCCCCCACCGCCACCCACUGGGGCGCCUCCACCCCCUCCGCCUUUGGCACCUCCGCUAAGCACCGAGGCGCCCAGACCGAAGAAGGACGCAGCUCAAGGGCGGAGCGCGCUGUUGGCCGAUAUUCAGCAGGGAACGCGCUUACGCAAAGUCACGCAGAUCAAUGACCGAAGCGCCCCCCAGAUCGAAACCUCCAAAGGAGCCAACAAAGAAGGUGGAGGGGCUGCUGGGAACUCCAAAGGGGGCAACCCCCAGGCCCUGGGAGGCCUGUUUGCAGGGGGCUUUCCUGUGCUGAGACCAGCUGGACAGAGGGAUGGCUCAGGUGGCGGGUCCAGAGCUCCUUCUCCUCGGCUUCCCACCAAGACCAUCAGCAGCCCGGUGAACCCCCCUGCGUCUCCGAGACUGGGAAAUGCACCGGAAGCAUCGGCCAUUUCAAGACCUGUCCCUCCCCGCCCCAACAUGCCUGCCCCUCCGCCUCCCACCACUCCUCCCCCGCCUCCGCCUCCUCUCCCUCCAUCCACGUCUCUCCCUGCCAUGGUUAAGCCUCCACUCGUGUCCCCCCCGCCUCUGAUGACCAAAACGAGCACCCAGAUAAUGGUCCCCCCGCCUCCUCCCCCAACUCCGCCUCCCCCGCCCCCACCUCUUCAGGGCGAGAAGGCAGGGAAGCCUCUGGUGGGGCCCCUGAACCUGCCUCCGGUUCCUCCGCCUCUCCCUCUCCUCCCUCCCUGUGGGUUUCCUGGGCAGGUUUCAGAUGCCGCCAGCCCUGCUUCUCCUCAGCCGGAACUUAGGGAACCCCCACCACCGCCGCCACCUCCCCCUCCACCACUGCCCCUUUAUUCCUCUCCUACGCCCAGGUCCUCUCUGUCCCCAGCGCCUUUGCCAGGCUCCAAUAAUAAUGGUGAUCCUCUUCCCCUCAAGUCCCCUAAGGGCAGCCUACAGUCCAUGCCCCUCCCACCCAUUCCUCCAGCCUCUCAGUCCACUAUCUUGGUACAGAAGAAAAGACCUGGCAGAGGGGCGGGGACCAGUGGGGGGAAGCUGAAUCCACCCCCAGUGCCCCCUGCAAGAUCCCCAACAACGGAGCUGUCCAGCAAAAGUCAGCAGGCUCUGGCCUGGGUCAGCCCACCACAACCUGGAGCACCUUUGAGGAAUGGCAACUUCCAUAUCACAGACGACUUCGAGUCUAAAUUCACUUUUCACUCGGUGGAAGACUUCCCUCCUCCCGAUGAGUACAAGCCUUGUCAGAAGACCUAUCCCAGCAAAGUGCCCAGGAGUCCAACUCGAGGUUCCUGGCUCCCAACAGAUGCCACUGGCCGGGGCAAUGAGGACAUCAAGGGUCGAAACUCUCAGUUACCAUUGAAAAGUCUACGGUAAGAAGAGAUGAAGUGAAAGUCCCAUCAUUCUGCCCUAGUCCGUACAGCAGAAUGGAGGAUCUCGCUGGGAAUGCCAUCAGCAACUACACCAAACUCAAGUUUUUCUUUUUCAUCUUACAAACCAUCUCUUAUUUAUUAUAGUUAGGUUGUUUGCACAAGCUUUGAAUCAGUGUUGUAGCUGUCUUUUAUUUUAGCGAUUUAUUUUCCAAUGCACCCAGAUAUGUGGCAGCCCACCUGUCUAAAUCAGUACAAAGAGGAGUCUUUCCCCAGCCUGAUUAUGUGGAGUGGGAGAGAAAACAUCCCCCCUCCCUGUCCAGUGUUCAUCCCAAGACUGUAAAUAGCUGCAUGGGCUGGCCCUUCCUGCGUCUUAAAAAUCAUUUUUUGAAUCGCCUCUAGAGAAGUUUUAGCUAGUCCCUGUGCUCGAGAGUUCGUGGUAACUUGCCAGUGACGUGAUUUCCUAAGCCUCAUUGCACCAGGUAGGUCACAAAAAACCCCAGAAUGCUUUAUCAAGAGAUGAAACAAGCCACGUACCCAUACUGCAGCAGAUGGAUGUCACCAGUCAGCCCAGAAUGACCAGAAUGCCAUGACUCUCCAGCCUCCCUCCCUCACUCCCAGAUUUUCAGGAUGUGGAUUGAAUUUGUUGCCUAAUGUAAAUAAGACCCUUAAUAAAAACUGAGAACAGGAAUUUUGUUUCCAUACAAA